ACCAAAACACACAUACACUCAUUGAGCUUUAACUAAUUUGAGAUAUAUGGAAACGGUGGUUAGUAAGCAGUUGGAAGCUGAUAACAAUCAUGAAUCUGAAGUUGGGACAAGCUCAUUUGUCGAAAUCGCAACGAAUAAUGCUUCUAAAGAGGCGGAAAUUAAGGCAUUAAUGAUCCGCCUAUACAGGGAGAUUAUGCGGCCUAUGAGUAUUCUGUCGUAUGUUUUUGGGGGUGCUGUGCUAAGGAUUUCAAGGACAUUGGCCCUCGACUCCACUCAUAGGCAUGGCAAAGAUGAUAUCAUUGAUGGAUCAGGAGGAAGCAAAAUUUUAAUUGAUAAACUUGCUAGGGUCAAUGCUUACAAAGAGGCUGACAUGGAACUCAUGAGUCGUAUAUACAACGAAACCAUAAGGCCUAUGAUCUUGGCAGAUAUCGAGGCAAGGCAUCAACAUUUUCUUGCCCGGGUACAAGAGGAAUUUGGUGUGAAUUUGUUGACAGGCAUGAUACAGGAAUAUGGUAACACGGGAAGUACUACUACUGGACAAGCUUUGCAACUCCAGUUCAAAAACGGAAUUUUGGCACCAGUUUCUACAGGAAUCCCUGUUCAAGGAAAAGACAACAAGCCCUUCUUAUUAGUUUUGACUGAUGGAAUGUCAGGGGAGAUUGUAAAAACUGGAGCUGUAGCUGCAAUAGAAGUGGAAAUAGUCGUUCUCGAUGGGGAUUCUAAUGAUGAUGAAGCUGAGAAUUCGACUUCUGGUGAAUUUAGUAGUAACAUUGUCAGAGAAUGGAACGGAAAGAAAGUGCUGCAAGGAAAAACUUUUUUGAAGAUGAAAGACGGUGUUGUGAUGCUAGAUAAGAUAUCUUUUACACACAACAAAGAUUGGAAGGGGAAUAAAAGGUGCAGGCUGGGUGCAAGGCCUGUGAAUGCAGAUUUUUCCUCUAGUGUGAAACCAGGAAUGACGGAACUGUUUCUAGUUGAGGAUAAGCGCAACAACAUGUACAAGAAACAUGAAAUUCCGUUCUUGUCCGACCCUAUAUAUCGAUUAAACAAGAUUUCUCGCCGUGCUGAUUUCUAUAAACGUUUGUGUGGCGCAAACAUUAAGACUGUGAUGGACCUCCUUACCCUCCAUGCAAUCAAUCCAAAAAAGCUCCAAGAGGUGCUUGCAGUUCAUCAUAACACAUGGAAGGUCAUCAUGGACCAUGCACAGAGGUGUAAGGAUAAAAAUGGGGUAUACUUAUACCAUUAUCCAGUUGAUGGUCAAAAGAGUCAUGGUGUGGUAUUUAAUGUUUCCGGACAGUUGGUCGGAUCAACUGCAGAUUCACAGUUCAUUCCUUGCGAUAAGCUUUCCGCUGAAAAAAAAGCUGAUGCUCAAAAGUUGAUAGUAGCUUCCUCUGAGUCUGAACACUGGAAGAAAGUAAUAUCUUUCAUUGACCUUCCUUCUCUUCUCAUCCAUCUUCAAUCACACACCACCUUAAGCUCGCUUCGUAAUAACCUUAAUGUAGUGAUACCCCAAACAAUUGAUACACAUGAUCACACGAGCCUUAUUUCCCCUCAUGUCAUCACACCAAGCGUUCCCAUAGAAUAUUGCACAAAGAGCAAAAACAACAGGAGAUAUGAGAAUGCUGGGGCAGAAGGUCAAAGUCAAAGCCCUAAACGUCCUGCCUCAGAAUACUCUUUCUCAAACUCCCCGAAAAAACCAAGAGACGAGCAUUUUUCAGUUAGUCCCACUACACCAAGUGUUGGUACUAGUAGAACAACUAAUACAUUUCUGAACGAUGUGGAACAUUCAGAUUUGAUAACUCUAGAAGAUGUUGAGGAUGAUGAUUGGAUGCAGUAUGUUAAUGAUUUUGUGCUUGAUAAAUGGAAGAUGGUUGUGUAUGCAGUAGGAUGGAUUUCAAUGGCUUCAAAAGUACGCAAGAGGAGAAUGACAUUUUGUCGUGAUGACACGCUGAUUUGCAGCCACGAUGAAUCAAGAUGUGCAAAAAUGAGUGUUUUAAAUGGUUUAAGUGUUGGUUGAUUGCAAUAGUUUGUUGUAUCAAAAGCAUGUUUGUAUAUAAGCACGAAUAAUGUAUAGGAAGUCUUUUCUUUCCGGCCCUUUCAAAGUUUAGGAGCCGAUGUGUAGCUUUUUGUAUAUUACUACAGGUUAAACGAUCGUUAAGUCCAACUCUCCAAGUGUUGUUUAAAAGGAUUUCUGCUUGUUCAUUCAUGGAUAUUGAAGAUUGUAGUUUUGUGCUGGAAUUUCAUCUUGAUUAAUGUGGUAUGUAAACCA